AUGCAUCAGACCUUCACCGGCAAAUCGAGGCCGAAGCGACAGGUCAACCUCUCCGGUCGCCCCUCCAAUCCCUUCGCAUCUUCCAACGCCGUCGCCUCCGCUCAACAGGAGCGAAUCCAACGUCAGCAACAACGAGAGCGUAUCCAGGCUGCCGCUAGAAUCCAGCAGAUUUGGCGCGGGCAUUGUGCACGACAGAGACUAUUCGGCGCAUGGAGAGAGCUGUGGGAUCAUCAGGAACAGGCCAGCGGGCCAUACGCCACCUCAGAAGACUCCCUCCGCCAGCUACGGCGGCUACUGCUGUUCUAUAGUCCACAGAGGGAUUCGGGCGAUGUAGCACGGCUGAGAUGGUAUGGCUCGCGACAAAUCACCACUAGCGACCCUGUGCCCUGCACUGGAGGACAGUGGCCCGCUGCGUAUGCAAAGCUUCAGACUGCCUGCAUCAUCGCCUUGAAGACUAGCAAGGCCCGGGAUCAGGCCUCGGACCGGGAAGUGUUGGGAAUACUCGCAUUCGCCGCCAGACAGUCAACAUUCACCACCGCCCAGGCCAUUCAGUACUACGAUGCCCUCGUUUCUACCCCCGGACUGCCCGAAGAACAGCUGCAAGGCGCACUACUGGCUCCGUUGAAGCAUUCGAUGGAGGCUUAUACCGGACUUGUAAUCCUACUCGCUCGGCCACUAGAUGUUGAGACGCUCCAGUUGCUGCGGGCCGCGGUGGAGCCUGAGAUGCUGUCACGGGCAGUCGCUGGAUUUGGAAGUGGGCAGGAGGUCGUGGAGCCGCGCCAGCGGCUGUGGCUUCUAGGAAACAUGAUAUUCUUGAUGGGACGGAGCACCAGUCUGCAGUUCACUGAUGCGGUCGCCCGCCUUCUUGGACCUUUGGCAGAUGAAGUUGAUUUCGAGGGCCGCGUCCUUGAUAUGGACAACGAGUCCUAUGAUCAGGACGUCCUGUUGAAGAUUGCCGGCGCUCCAUUAAACACCUUUUUACACGGACAAAUCAUUUCUCUUCUUGACAAACACUCCAUUCAGAACCUACUCGCCGGGCAUCAAGACGAUAUGGGCGGCAGCACGGAUGCUCAAGUCCUCGCCGGCUACGCUCUUACUUUACUGCGAUGCUUCCCCAGUAAAGCAGACGACAUUCGGAUGUGGCUGCAUUUGGGACCCACCAGUUCAGAUUCUGUCACCCCCACUCAGUUUCUCUGGAAAGCAGCGAAGAAAUCUAGUAUAUUCGGCGAAAUAUGGAGUACCUCUCGGGGUGUCGUUUCGCUCCUCAAGACUGCUCACCCAACGCAGCAACAAAAGGACGAUUGGACAAUAGUAUUGGUCUUCCUGGAGAUGUUCACUUUCGACCUGAAGAUCAUGGACGAUGAAGAGUUCAUGGGUAACAGUCCGGUUCGGAAAAGGAACAGCGCCGUUCCGAUUCCUGACGUCGGCCAGUUGGUCACCUUUCUCAAGAACCUUGGCUUCACCUUGUACUACGACGCUGCUGAGCUGAACGAAUCCGCGACACCCCGACGAGACGAAGUACCAUCUGCGAGCCGUCGAUUCAAACCACAGAUUGAACGUGCGGCAGCUAUGGAGACCAAGUCCUUGACUGUCGCCGGACUUCCGGGUUUGACGAUUGACUAUCUAAAGGGCUUGGUGACAGGACUUCUGCGAGCCAUUUACGAAAGAGAUUCUCGUCGAAAGUUCCUACUACCGGACCACUGGCUGAUGACCGAUCGAUUCGACAUGACCAUGUUCAUACCUGGAGUGGUCGCAGAGGAGGAAUCACGAAAUCAGGUCCGUGAGCAGGAUGAUGAAGACAAAGAUGAAGAAUCCGACGAUGAUCUGGAGCCCGCCGAAGAUCUGGGACGCCUUGGUGGAGGUGGGUACGCCCGAGCGCGCGUUUUACGGUCUCAGGAAGCUAGAGCGCGUGCUCAGCGCAAGGCCAGCCGUAAGCGAUACCUGGAGUCCGUGGCGCCGCGACUCGAGAUUCUGCAAAACAUGCCCUUCUUCAUCCCUUUUCACACCCGGGUGCAGAUUUUCCGCCAAUUUGUCCGCCACGACCAGGAGAGGAGACGAAAUGGACAUGUUGACCCAGACAUCUGGCGACAAAACAUGAUGUUUCAGCCACACAACGGAGGACAAUCGAGGGAUGCUCUCUCUCGACAUCAUGCGAAGAUCAAGAGAGGUGAUGAGUUCAUCGAUGCGUWCGAACAGUUCUACGAUCUUGGCGCGGAUCUGAAAGAGCCGAUUCAGAUCACGUUUAUGGAUCAAUGGGACAUGCCUGAAGCCGGAAUCGACGGCGGCGGCGUGACCAAGGAGUUCUUGACGAGCGUUAUAAGCCAAGCAUUUGAUCCCAAGGCGGAUCACAAGGAGCAAUUUUUUGUGGAAAACGAGCAGCACCUGCUCCAUCCCAAUCCUACUGCAUUUGAAAACAUCAAGAUCCGAUGCUUGGAGAAGGGCUACAAAGAGGACUCAACGAAAGUGCGGGAAGAGCUACGCGAGCUCUACAAGCAGUACGAGUUCCUCGGUCGAAUUAUCGGCAAAUGUCUCUACGAGGGUAUCCUGGUGGAUGUCUCCUUUGCGGGCUUCUUUCUCAAGAAGUGGGCUCUUACGGGUGGAUCUGGAAGCGCGCCAUCAGAAUCUCAUUACCGCCCCAACAUCAAUGACCUGCGCGAGUUGGACGAAGRGCUUUACAAAGGCCUGCUUCAAGUCAAACAUGCGGAGAAUGCCGAAGACCUGGGCAUGACCUUUAGCGUCAACGACGAGGUCGGCUCCGAUAAGAACAAGCGCAUCAUCGAGACGAAUCUGGUCCCCAACGGUGCCGACAUUGCCGUGACYAACGAGAACCGUCUGGCGUAUAUAAGUAAGCUGAGCUCAUACCGGCUCCAGGCGCAGUCGAUGCGGCAAUCGCGUGCUUUCCUGCGCGGCUUGAGCGAUAUGAUUCAACCUUCCUGGCUGUCCAUGUUCAAUCAGUCCGAACUGCAGACUCUUAUUGGUGGUGCGUCUGCCGGAAUCGAUGUCGAGGAUCUACGGCGGAACACCCUGUACGGCGGAACAUAUGUUAUUGGCGACGACGGGCUCGAGCAUCCGAGCGUUCAGAUGUUCUGGGAUGUUAUGCACAGUUUCCCAGAUGAGGACAGGAGGAAAGUGCUCAAGUUUGUUACGUCGACACCGAGAGGCCCACUGCUGGGAUUUAGUCAGCUGAACCCCAGGUUCAGUAUUCGGGACAGUGGAAGGGAUGAGAACCGCUUCCCUACCACAAGCACGUGUGUGAACCUGUUGAAGCUGCCCAUGUAUUCCAGCGAGGCCAUUUUGAGGGAGAAGUUGCUCGCAGCUAUCAAUAGCGGAGCCGGGUUUGACCUUUCUUGA